GGUCGCCUAUUUUCGAGCCUCCACAUCACACGCUUCGGGCGGAUGCUCAUAUGUCCUGGUAGCAUUCUCAGUGCCUUACGUAGUGCUAUAAGCUUCAAGCUUACUUCUUUCUACAAUGUCAAAACAAUACCUCACCCUUCACACAGUCGAUGCCGCGCAUCCAAAGGCCAGCGACAUCUUCGCCGUAGCGCCGACAAGCACACAAUUGCUCUCUGCAUCCGGCUCAAGCAGCAUCAAUGUCUACGACACCACUCAACCCGACUUUCCAUUGGUACAAACCCUUGACAAGGCGCACCCGCUUGGUAUUCACCACCUUGUGACUGCUCGAGAAGAGAAAUCAAGGAAAGCUGCAAGUGCUGGGUUUGAGGGAAAGGUGAAGAUAUGGAGUCAGGAUGAGGACGGUGUGUGGAGUGAGGAUGGGGAGAUUGUUGAUCAGAACAAGCCCGGUGAGAUAUGGGCAAUUGCGCUGAGUGCGGAUGGCCAGUAUCUGGCGAGCAGCAGCAUCAAUGGCAAGAUCAAUGUUUGGAGCUUGAACAAGGAAGAGGGUAUGCCAAGGAUCAGGGAAUAUGAGACAAAGGGCAGCUUUGGGUUGUGUGUGGAUCUGAGCCGCAACGGCAGCUUCACCGCCUCAGGGCACGAGAACGGAUCCGUCUACGUCUUCAAUAACGAAAGUGGCCGCCUUGUACACUCAUUAGCUGGUCUCGUACAUCCCGUUCGCAGCGUGUCCUUCUCACCAGCAUCGAAGCUGCUAGCAGCCGGAGGUGAUGCCAGGAUCAUCGCACUAUACGAUGUCAAUUCAGGCGAACAAGUAGCCAACUUCACUGGCCAUGGAGGCUGGGUGCUCACUCUUGAUUGGAGCGACACCGGCGAGUAUUUGCUAUCAGGGUCCCAUGACUCAAAGGCCAAGGUCUGGCGCAUUGAAACUCGAUCAUGUGUUGCGACGCACUCACAUGGUGACAAGCCACUGUGGACUGCGAAGUGGUUGCCAAAAGUUCCCACGAAGAGCGAGAUGUUUGCAUUGGCGGGAGGCAACAACGCGAUCAGCUUCUAUCGUGAAGCAGCAGGGUGAAGAGAUGUUCUAUAUACGGCGUGAGUUUUUCUCAGCACAAUUGUGCUGAAGCUACGGUGAACAACAGAAGGGUACGUGCCUCACGAAGCGGAGACAUAAUGGUCUCUCCUGGAACGAGAAACCACCGGGUGAGGUAAUACCUGCUGCAUUGACAUAUAGGAUGCGCAAAGGACAUCCAGUCGCGCAUUCAGGUAUAUGUCCGUUCAAUGAUAACGAGGUAAAGAUUACUCUAGAUCAAUCACAUCAAGAUCCAUUCCCUGAACACCUGAUUAAAAUUCCUACGUCCAACAAACGAACAGCAUAUCAAUCCACAACGUCCAGCUCCACCUUGGAAGCCUUCGACUCUCGCAACUC